AUGAGCGAAUCUAACCUAUCUAGUUUUAUCAGCACAAAAUAUUUUAAUUUGAGGUCGGCGGCUAAUUCUUCAAACCCUAUUUCGAAGCAAGGUACGAAGAAGAAUAAAAGGAAUCGAAAAUCGCCAACUAAUAGUUCUAGUUGCACCUUCAAAAAAAAGACGCUUCAAACAGCACAGACGAUAUGGGAAGAUGGCGAAAGAGGCUUAUCGCAUAGUCGUUAUUUAAUGAACGGCUCAGUGGCGUCCAGAACAACAACUUCCCUAAGUCGAUACAGCACCAAUGCUUCGCUCCUCGGGCCCAGUGUUGAUUGUGUUCUCUGUUGCAUAUACGAAGUUCCAAGAGACAUCAGUACCCGAAUUGGACUAUGUAUUAUCAACUGUAACACGGGACAGAUGUACCUUUCCGACUUCAUGGAUUCACAGAUUUACAUUCGUGUAGUCCACAAGCUCCAAAUAUACCAACCUACAGAUAUACUGAUUCCAAGUAAUUCUUUAACACCAACAGUGUCGAAAUUGGCAACAAUGAUAAAAUUUAACGUAAAUGAGACUGUUAAAAUCGAGGAGGGUUCACGAAAGUGCUUUAACAGUCAAGAUGGAUUGGCGGCAAUCACGAAGUAUUUAAUAGACGAUACAAAAAAGUGCUUAAAGAUUGAAGAAUUGAUAGACAAACCUUUUGCUCUUUGUGCUGCAUCCGCUGCUGUAAGCUACAUGGAAGAGAUCAUAUCUAAAAACACACGGAAUUUGAAUGCGUUUCGCAAAUUACGUAUUCAGUUUGAGGGAACAGAAAACACAAUGCUGAUUGAUUCUAAAACAGCGAGGGGUCUAGAACUUGUAGAAAAUAAGUUGGAUAAAAACGGUAUAUCGCUGUGGAAAUUUUUGGAUUCGACGUCAACUAGAAUGGGACAAAGAUCACUUCGGAACAAUAUUCUUCAGCCAUUAACUGAUAAGGAAAGCAUUGAGAUGAGAUUAGAGGCUCUGGAAGAAUUAGAGGCUAAGGACGAUCUCUUACAAGAUCUACGACUGGAAAUGAAAUCUCUACCUGACCUGGAUAAACUAUUUUCGAGGUUACUAUGCGUAAAUCAUUCGGCAAUAAAAUCCGAUCAAAGAAUUAACUAUGUUUUGUUGUUAAAAGAAACUUUACAAAGUGUAAAGUCACUAAAGAACAUUUUAAACAAUGAACCAACAAAAAGUCGUUUGAUAACCGAAACCAAACGAAUCUUCAACAACGAUGCAAAUAUGGAAAUUGAGAGGCUAAUCAAUGGCUCUAUAAAUGAAGACUGUGUUUGGGCAUCUUCGGCUAUACAAUUGCUUAAUCAGCGCUCAUAUGCUGUAAAAAGUGAUUCUAAUGGGCUUUUGGAUGUUUCUAGACAAAUCUACCAAGAAGUUAAAGAGGAAUUUUUCCGUGAAGUAGAUGAUCUUAGAUCCAAAAACAAAAUAAAUUUAGAUCACAACUAUGAUUCAGCCCGAGGCUUUUAUCUCAGAAUAAAGAGACAAGAUUUUACUGAGGACAUUACUAGCCUUCCAGAAAUAUUUAUUUCAAGAACAAUAAAAAAAAAUUAUAUUGAAUGCACAACCUUAAACAUAAUUAAGAAAAACUCGAGGUUAAAGGGAGCUAUGGAAGAAAUUUUGCUUUUAAGUGAACAGACAGUUAAUGAACUACUUGAUAAAAUUGCAGCUCACAUCUCUGAAUUAUUUAUGAUCGCAGAAGCAGUUGCUAUCCUGGAUUUAGUUUGUUCAUUCGCUCAUAAUUUGAAAGAGAACAAUUAUAUAAUUCCGACUUUUGGAAAAAAUCUACUAAUCCAAGAUUCAAGACAUCCACUACUUGAAAAGGUCAUAAAGAAUUUUGUUCCCAACACUAUAUCAAGUACGAAAAACAGUUCCAGUUUGCAGAUCAUAACGGGAUGCAAUAUGAGUGGGAAGUCAGUGUAUUUAAAACAGGUUGCCCUAAUUUGCAUAAUGGCCCAAAUGGGAUCCGGUAUAUCAGCACGAUACGGAUCUUUCCCUAUUUUCAAGCGUCUGCAUGCGAGAGUGUGCAAUGAUACUAUGGAAUUGACGUCAUCGAAUUUUGGUUUUGAAAUGAAGGAAAUGGCUUACUUUUUGGAUGACAUAAAUUCAGAUACACUCUUAAUUUUAGAUGAACUUGGUCGAGGUUCAAGCGUUGCCGAUGGAUUUUGCGUGUCUUUAGCCGUUACUGAACAUUUGCUUAGAACAGGAACAACGGUAUUUCUUUCUACACACUUUCAAGAUAUUCCCGAAAUUAUGUCUAAAAAGCCAGCAGUCUCACAUCUUCAUAUGGAUGCAGUAGUACUCAAUGACAAUUCAAUUAAAAUGAGAUAUCAUUUAACCCAGAAGUCCGUCACGAUAGAAAAUAGUGGAAUCAAAGCUGUAGAUAAAAUAUUCAGCCCCAAUAUUAUCGAAGAAGCAUACAAUAUCCACUCAGGUUUGCAGAUCGCUAAAGCGAGAACCGAAAAAAACAAGGAUUCCGGAGAUGUUGUUGAUGAAGAGGCAAUAAAUCAAAUAAAGCGAAUUCACAAUCUUGUAGCAAUUUUGAAAGAAUGCGCGGAAAACGAGAAAGAGCCAUUGGCUUUAGAAAAGCUAAGAGAAAUAAAUUCCGAAUUCAUUGAAAAAUUUGAGGGAUAA